AUGAAACCAGCCAUCCUUCUGCUGUUAAUGAUUUUCUCGGGGUUUGAAGUGAGCAGCGAUUUAUUCGAACGCCCAAUGGCUAUUGCUAUUGUGUUCGUUGAAGGAGUUGACUCCUUGAAGAACAUGGGAUCAAAAAACGUAUUUCCACUCGAAAACGAUGGAUUUGAUAGAGCGACUUUUGACGAGGAAUUGGCGCGUUCUUUUGGUUCCGAUCGCAAAACUGUUACAGUUACUAGUAAGGGUAUCAGUGGAUCAAUUACUGCUCUUAACGCUUCCGAACAAGAGUUCGACGAUAAUAUAAAGACGAAGUUGCCAGUUUUGCGAGAGGAACUUCUACACAUCUAUCGCUUGGCCGCUGGCAUCUUAGUUCGUGACGCAAAGUUCGAAGAACAGAAUGCGCCUGAUGUGUAUUAUAUAGCGACUAGUGGUCUACUACCAAGUAAAGUAACAGAAGAUCGUGAGACUGGAAUAGACGACAUACGAAAAGCCAUACGAGUUGCUACUGAUGCUUCUGAAACGGAUAUAAAUUUAAAGACUUGGCGUGAACUUCUCAACGUCUAUGUCUUUGUUGGAACUGACUAUCCUGCAAUUUUUGCUAUUUUUGCUGGACUAACGAUCACAUUGGCACUGGCCGUUCUAUACACUGUUGUUGGAAUGAUGAGUAUGGAUCCGAGUAAGGACUCAAUCAUUUAUCGAAUGACAACCACACGUAUGAAGAAGGCUUAA